AUGCUCCUGAUGCUACUGCUUGGCUUGGGAGGGCCCCUAGCAUGGGGGCUGCUGGGGGCCUGUACCCUGGCUCCUGGUGCCCAUUCUGCUGGGCCACACACACCUAGGCAGCCUGAGACCUGGGGUUCAGAGGCUGAGGACACCAUCGGGGACCCCAGCAGACGUAACUGGUGCCCCUACCAAAAGUACAAGCUGGUCACUUUCAUAGCUGCUUGCAAAACGGAGAAAUUUCUCAUCCACUCACAGCAGCCAUGUCCACAGUCAGCUCCCAAGUGCCAGAAAAUCAAAGUCAUGUAUCGCAUGGCCUCCAAGCCAAUGUACCAGGUCAAGCAGAAGGUUCUGGCCUCUGUGGCCUGGAGGUGCUGCCCAGGCUAUGUGGGCCCUGACUGCCAGCACCACGUUCCCAUGUCACUCUCGGAGCCUGCAGAUCCAGGUGACAGCCACCAGGAACCCUGGGAAGUGCCAGUCAGUGCUGAACAUGGCUUCCAAGUUGCGGAGAUCAGAAAGGUGACACUGCAGCAGGAACAUCAGCUGCAAGAACUCCAGAAUGAUUUUCACCAGUUGGCUGGCAGCCUUGAGGACAUAUGGACAGCCUCGGAGAGUAAUCUCACAGAAGCUACUGCUCAGGCAAAUCAAACUGAGCUUGAGUUGCCCAACAGACCCCUGGAGCAAGUGCUGCGGUCCCAAAUGGAGGCCUUUCUACGAGUGCAUUUCAGCUCCAUCUGGAGGGACUUCAACAAAAGCCUGCACGACCUUUCUCAGACCCUAACAAAUCUGUCUCACGAUGUGGAAACCAAUCGCCUGGCCAUCCAGAGGAUCCAGGAAAGCAUCGUGGCCAGCGCAGACUUCCAGGAGCUUGGUGCCAAAUUUGAAAGUAAGGUGCAAGAGACUGUCGAGAGAGUGGGUCAGCUGCGGCAGGAUGUGGAAGAUCGCCUGCACCUCCAGAACCUCUCCUUGCAACGGUCCCUGGAGGAGGUCCAGGUUAACAUGGACACCAAGCUGAAACGAUUCUACAAGGCCCAGGAGCUCCUGACACUCAACGGUAGUCUGCUGGCUGUGGUUGGGCUAGGAGCUGGGGCCAGGCCAGAGCCAGAGAGCCUGCAGGCGAGACUGGGGCAGCUGCAGAGGAACCUUUCCAGCCUGCAUGUGGACUCGGGCCGCCGGGAAGAGGAGCUGCAGAGGACUCUGGAGGAUAUUAGGACAACCCUGGCCCAGCACGGGGACGAGAUCAAGGAGCUAUACUCAGAAUCGGAUGAGACCUUUGAUGAGAUUAGCAAGGUGGAGCGGCAGGUGCAGGAGCUGUACGUGAACCACACGGCGCUGCGCGAGCUCCGGGUGAUCCUCAUGGAGAAGUCGCUGAUUAUGGAGGAGAAUAAGGAGGAGAUGGAACGGCACCUGCUGGAGCUCAACCUCACCCUCCAGCACCUGCAGGGUGGCCAUGCCGACCUCAUAAAGUACAUCAAGGACUGCAACUGUCAGAAGCUCUACUUGGACAUGGACGUCAUCCGGGAGGGCCAGAGGGACACCACUCAGGCCCUGGAGGAGACUCAGGUUAACCUGGAGGAGCGACGGCCUCUGGAAAGCCCCGCCGUGCACGCCCUGCGGGCCGCGAUGGAGGACCUCUCCCUGGCGGUGGAUGCUCAGAGAGCCGAGGCAGAGCGUGCAAGCGCAGACAAGGCGCGCCUGCGCACUCAGCUGCACGUGUUGCUGCGCGAGGUGGCGGAGCUUCAGGCGGCUGAGGGCUCAGUCCGCGUGCAGCUGCGCCUGCUCAACAGCUCCUUUGGAGCGCUGCUGGAGGACGCCCUGCGGCACGAGGCCGUGCUUGUGGCGCUCUUCGGGGAGGAGAUGCUAGAGGCCUUGUCGGAGGAUGAUCCCAGCCCACUGCCCCUGUCCUAUGAGCAGAUCCGCCUGGGCCUGCAGGAAGCGGCCAGCGGGCUGCGGGAGCAGGCAUUCGGCUGGGCGACCCUUGCCAGCAGGGUGAGCGCCUUGGAGCAGGCCGCCAGCAGCCUGCAGGGCUGGGUCGGUCCCGAGGCAGAGCACCUGGAGCCCAGCCACGAGGUACCGCGCGAGGGGGACCCCAGCGCCGAACGCAGAGAUCUGUUUGCACUGAAGGGCGAGCUCCAGCUCCUGGGUGCCCAGGUUCAGCGGGCCGAGCAGUGCUGUGAGGCCUCCAGGGCUGCUGGCAGCAGUGAUUCAUUAUCGGCCCUGGAAAGCGCGCUCUUCACCACCCAGCUAGACUUGGAGCGGCACCAACAGCUCUUCCAUAGCCUGUUUGGGAACUUCCAAGGGCUGGUGGCAGGCAACGUCAGUUUAGACCUGGAGAAACUUCAGGCCAUGCUGAGCAGAAAGGAGAAGAAACAGAAGGGCCUGAAGGCUCCGGGGACACGGGACAAGAAACAGGCAGAGCAGUCACUCCUCCGAGGCCAUGGCCGUGCUUUGGUUACAGAUCCAGGCGAGGCAGGUUUUCCUGUGGCCUUCUAUGCCAGCUAUUCAGAAAAGACGUCUGCCUCAAAGACUGUGAAGUUCAACACGACCUACAUCAACAUUGGCAGCAGCUACUUCCCGGAACAUGGCUACUUCCAAGCCCCUGAGCGUGGGGUAUAUUUGUUUGCUGUGAGCAUCGAAUUUGGUCCAGGCCCAGGGACUGGACAGCUGGUGUUUGGAGGUCACCAUCAGACCCCAGUCUCUAUUGUUGGGGACCAGAGGAGUGGAAGCCCAGCAGUGACUUUUGCUCUAGCUGAGCUGCAGAAGGGGGAGAGGGUGUGGUUUGAGUUAACCCAGGGACUGGUAACCCCUAGGGCCCCUACAGCCUCUACAUUUGGAGGCUUCCUGAUCUUCAAGACCUAA